AUGGAAUCUUCGCUUGUGCUUCGAAUUGGUUCAGCUGUAGCCUAUGCCGUUUGUUCCGUACUUAUUGUUUUUGUCAACAAGAUACUACUUAGCAAUUUAAAGUUCCCAUCAUUUUUGGUUGCGGGACUAGGACAAAUGAUAGCAACGGUUAUAAUACUGUGGUUCGCAUCCCGUCUUGGUGUUGUUACAAUUCCUCCUUUUAAUUCAUCUAUUCCAAAAAAGAUCUUACCUUUGCCAUUUCUUUAUGUGUUGAAUUUGAUAUCCGGAUUAGGUGGCACACAACGAAUAAGCCUUCCAAUGUUUACUGUACUGCGUAGAUUUUCGAUUUUAAUGACGAUGGUAAUGGAGUACAUCAUUCUUGGAGUGAAAGCGCCAUGUGCCGUAAAAUUUUCUGUCGGAUUAAUGAUAUUAGGAUCUGUGAUUGCAGCUCUGUUUGAUUUGUCAUUUGACACUUUGGGUUAUUUAAUGAUUUUGAUUAACGACAUUUGUACAGCUGCUAAUGGUGUUUACGUGAAAAAAAAACUUAAUGAUAAGGAACUUGGAAAAUAUGGCCUUUUGUAUUACAACGCAUUGUUCAUGGUUCUUCCUGUCAUAAUAUUAUACGUUAGUGCAGGCAAAAUGAGUGCAUUGGUUGUUGUUUCGUUAUUAAUUUCAUUUGUAUGUGGUUUUUUACUCAAUUAUUCGAUUGUCUUGUGCACGCAUCACAAUAGCGCUCUUACCACUUCAUGUAUUGGGCCAAUUAAAAACUUAAUCGUAACAUAUGUAGGAAUGUUUUCAUCAGGAGACUACUUCUUUGAGUGGAAUAAUUUCGCUGGUAUCAACAUUAGUGUUAUUGGAAGCCUUAUCUAUACGUAUGUGACGUUUCGAAUAAAGACCAGAAGUACUCAACAAGAAACUUCUGGGUCAUUGUCUGUAACCAAUGAUCGGAAAUCUUUACUUCAAUAG